ACAGAUUAAAUAAUAAAUAACAUGAGUUCAAAUGCAACUGCUGAGAGAUUAAAACAUGUUUAAGAAUUGAGAAAAGCUCACUUUUACUUCGGAUUUGAUUAAGACACAAAUCAUCAAUCAGUAGCUAAGCAACCAAUGCCAAUGUAGAAGACAGCUAAAGUGAGACCAAUGACAUCUUUAGUAGAGAAAGACUAAAAAUUAGAAUAAUAGUAACCAAUAUAAGUUCCAAAAUUACAAUAAAACCAUUUUCAUUUAGGAGAUGAUAAACCAAAAUUGGAGUCAAUAUAAAAAUCUGAUUAUUAAAGACCUUAAAGUACAGCUAUAGCUAAAUUAAGUGAUGAAACUAAGAAAGAUUUGAGAUCUCAUCAUUUUUAAUUAGGUUUUCAUGAUUUCAAUAAACCAACUGAAUACGAAUAGAAUUUUGGAGAAUAAGGCAAAUAUGAUUUCAAAAAGGCUGAUAAUGCAGAUUUGCGUAAACAUCAUCAUGAUUUUGGUGAUAAUAAUAAUUAUUAUUCUUCUAUGUACGAUACAGUGCAUAAUAAACAAUAUGAUAAGACUUUAUUAGGAUAAGGAUAUUCUAAAGAAAGAAUGGCAUAAAUGAAUGUAUAAUUAAGGAAAACUAAUUUGGUUAUGGGAAGAGAUGGUAGCGGUUACACAACUUAAAAUUAAGCUAUUUAUGGUAAACCAUAAUUAUAAGUCAAUAAUUUUCAAGACAAGACAUAACAAUUAGUUAGAAAUACUCAUAUUACAAUGGGUACAGACAGAGUUGAAUAUACAAGUUAAGCUAAGGCUUCACAUAUAGGAACUUAAGGGGAUAAAUCUUUUUUAAAUGAGGCUUAAUUAAAAGAUUUAAGAGCAACUCAUUUUUAAGUCGGAAAUAAUUAAGAAGUUCAUUAUUAAACAGCAUAUAGAUCAUAGUUUUCAGAUAGAAAAGGAUAAUAAGAAUAAAUAAAGAAUCCAUAAUUUUAAUCUAAUAAUUUUGAUCUUAAAGAUGAAGUUGUCAAACCGUCAAUUUAAGAACAUUAUAAAAGUACAUAUAAUCAACAAUUUCAUGGAUAAAAAGGUGAGAAAGUAAAUCCAAUUGUUGACAAUUCUAAAAAUAUUAUGAUUGGAAAUGAUAAACUAAGUUAUUAGAGUGAAGCUUAAGCAAGGUUUAGAGAUUUUCAUUCAAAACCUGGAAAAUUAAAAGAGGAAGUAUAAGCUGAUUUAAGAAAACAUCAUUUUAAAUUUGGAAAUGACGAAGAAACAAUAGAAUCAGUAGCAAAGGCAUAAUUUAAGAAUCCUAAUGGAUAACCAAGUAAAAUGGAUGCAGAAAUGAAAAGAGUAAGUUUAAAAUUGAUAUGAUUAAUAGGACUUAAGAACACAUCAUUUUUAAUUAGGAUAUCAUCAGAAUGAUUAUUUAACUCAUUAAAAAGAGUUUGGAUCAAAAUAAGGACCUCCAAAUAAGUUACCUCCAGAGAUGGCGUAAAGAGUUAGAUAAAGUUCAUAUUAGAAUUGA